AUGGGUCAGAAGUCAUCCUCCCAACGACGAGACCGUCUCGCGCAGACAUCUGUGAUGAGAUACAGUACCCCCGCCACAGUUGCCCAAUAUCACCCCCCUCCUCCUGAACAGAACCCUGCUGUCACAAACGACAUUGUUCCUUCGCCAGCGAUCAAUCCACCGUUUGAUAUAUAUCUCAACAACCGCCAAGACCCUUUCGACCGCAACGAUUCAUCCGGGCUUUUUGCUCCUACCCAACACAAUUUCGUCAUCGAGACGUUUCGAGGGUCUCCCAUAAUAAGCGAAGCUGUAGGUGUCGUCCACCAUCAUGCCAAUCCGGAACCAAUUGCCCACGAGUCGAUCAAAUUGCUCAAAGAGGGAGUGACGAUGAUCCGGAACUGCGACCCGAGCUUUGUGUUUUUGAAGGAGGCGGAGGCGAUAAUGAGGGUAGUGGAUAAGAUGGUCCCAAAAGCGGAACAAUUGUUUGAGUUGAGCGAAUCAAGGAGGAUGUCUUUUGCUUGGAUCGCCACAGUGGCAUUCUGGACAGCCGAGUUUCUCUGCGGCGCUUACGAAUUUCAGCACAGCUCCCAGCCCGGCCUCCUAGAAUAUGAUCAGUUUACGCCAGAGAGUAUCCAAAAGCUCAUCAAAUCUGGUUUCGCACCCUUCGCUAGGUCGGGCGUGUAUGACGAUGAGCUGGUCGAUGACGAGAAGAAGACUGGUGAAUCAAGGAAUAAGAGGAGGAAGGCAGUAGGGAAAAGGAUGUUGGCGGAUAAGAAGAUUAUGGUUAAGGCUUUCCCCGCGUUCGUUGUAAGACUGAAGCCGCCCUUCCCGGGUACGGAAUAUCUCAGAGAAGCAACACGAAAGCAGAUGUGUCAGAGGCCUUCGAUCUAUUGA